GGUCUAUCCUCUUUGAUUAUAACUGUGCAAUGACUAUUAUUUAUUUAUGAAAAAAAAAUAAUCGGUAUUUCCCAUAGUGUUUUUUAUCCAACAUCAUUCAUUUUUCGAGCAGGUUUGUUAUAUCCCUGGUGUAAUGUGCGGUCAGGAAAAUAAAGCCAUGAGUGUGCAAGAUACAGUGGAAAUAUUGACACAGGAGUGUAUUGAACUCAAAAGAGCACUAGCUGCCAGUGAUGAUAGGGAGAAGGAAAAAAUUGUCCUCAAGCAUAUAAUCAGCAGAGCCAACACCGAUCUACGUGUCAACGACUUCCAGAAAGGACUCGAAUGGUUCAAUGUCUCCGAGGGAUUGUCUGUCUCGAAGCAUUUGACCGGUAAAAUUGUUAUUCUCGACUUCUUCACGUACUGCUGCAUAAAUUGUAUGCACAUACUUCCCGAUCUCGAGGCUGUGGAGAAAAAAUAUACCGUCGAGGAUGGUUUGGUUAUCAUCGGCGUUCACAGUGCAAAAUUUUCCAAUGAGAAAGACUCGUCAAAGAUUCUAUCAGCGGUACAGAGAUACAACAUCCAGCAUCCGGUAGUGAACGACGCAAAAUUAUCAAUGUGGAGAGACAUCGGUAUAACUUGUUGGCCGAGUCUCGUAAUUCUGGGUCCUCAAGCCCAGCCCCUUGCCGUCCUCGUCGGUGAGGGUCACAGGGAGGAGCUCUUUCUCUACACUAAAAUUGCCCUCACCUACUUCAAAUCUCGCAAUGCAAUAAGGAGUAACGAUAUCCCUCUAAAACCAGCGCAACACCUUCUACCAGCCUCCACAAAGGACAAUCUCCUCUUUCCUGGUAAAGUUAUUGGUAUCGAGGACAUGGGCGAGGACAAAAUAAUUGUCUCGGACACCGGAAACAACCGAGUAAUUAUAAUGAAACUCGAUGGAACAGUUGAGCAUGUAAUUGGUGGUUAUUCCCCGGGUAUGAGGGAUGGUAAUUUCGAUGUGGCUAGAUUCAAUGGACCACAGGGUAUAUGUCACCGUGGCCAAUCAAUUUACGUUGCUGAUAACGAUAAUCACGCAAUCAGGCUCAUUGAUUUGAAGAGUAAAAGUGUGACGACACUCGUUGGAACUGGUUCUCAAGGGCAUGAUUAUCAAGGUGGUGGAAUCGCCAAGGGCCAGGCUAUAUCAUCACCUUGGGAUGUUGCUAUUUACGAUUAUAAGGAGAAUCAAGAGGUAUUGCUCAUUGCUAUGGCUGGGACUCAUCAGAUUUGGGCAUUGUUUCUUCAGGAUACCGUUUGGUGGAAGAACAAAGAGUACAAAGCCGGAAGCUGUGCGGCAAUCGUGGGAAACGGUCGUGAGGCAAACAGAAACAACAGCUAUCCCCAUGCAGCGAGUCUAGCCCAACCCUCGGGGAUAGCUCUCUCCCAAGACUCAAAACUCCUAUUCUUCGCCGACAGCGAGAGCAGUUCCAUCAGAAAAAUUCACCUCGUCGACGGUAGAGUCUCACCCCUAGCAGGUGCCGAUAAAAAUCCCCAAGAUUUGCAUAAUUUUGGUGAUGCCGAUGGUACCCAGUACUCGGCAAAGUUUCAACAUCCCCUGGGAGUAACAUGGGAUAGUAAACGAGAAGUUGUUUACGUCGCUGACACUUAUAAUCACAAAAUUAAGCAAAUCGAUUCAGCUGGCAAGUGCACAACACUGUAUGGAAGUGGAAAACCGACGAAAGAUCAUGUGUUCGAUGAACCGAGUGGACUGGGUCUACUAGCCAAGCAGAAUCUCCUAUUAAUUGCUGAUACCAACAACCAUUGCAUAAAAGCCGUAAAUCUAGAUACCAAAUCAAUAAACACGAUACCAAACCUGAAGUAUCCCAAGAAAGUUGCCAGACCAUUCGACAAAAUUCUCAACUUCACCAUCGAAAUAAGUAACAAACUGGCAGAUAUUAAAAUAUUAUUCACGACUAGAUUGGAUGCUGGUGUUGAAUUUACCGCAGAUGCACCACAGAAGUGGUCACUCAGUCAUCCAGAAUCGUGGACAUCAGAAAGUCCCAUGGGAUCUCUCGUCACACCGAUCAAACUAGAACUUCCAGAGGAUAAUGCACCUGAAGAGCUGGUUAUAACCAUUAACUUUGUUGUCUGCACUGGUGGCCAGUGCGUACCGAGAAGAUUAAAAAUAAUGUACAGAGUUGUCCGUAAAGAAGGGGCAUCAACGAGCAUCGAACAAACCAACGAACUGGAAAUCUCAUGAACAAAUGAUGAACAAAAAAAUUCAAGUCAAUACAUCUCAAAUAUACUCUCAUUCGUGUUGAUUUACACAACGCCAAAUCUAGAAGUAACAAUUGUAAUUUUGCACUUUGUUUCUUUAAUAAAAUGAUUAAUUAACUGAGCAA